AUGCACCUCACUGUGCCAAGGCUGUUGGGCGUUGGCGUCGGCGUCUGUUCUCUCACCUCGAUGGGUGUGUGGGCGGCAACGCGGCAGGAGGCGUGCCUGUCGCGCAUGUAUCCUCAGAGUGCCGGCUUCUACGGCGCACUUGGCGCUGUCGUCGCCCUUGUGUUUGCGAAUCUCGGGUCCGCGUACGGCGCCGCCAAGGCGGGUGUGGGCGUGGCACACCUUGGGCUCUCCGCACCGGAAAAGAUCAUGCGUGGCAUUGUCCCCGUCGUGAUGGCAGGUAUUCUUGGCAUCUACGGUCUCAUUGUGGCUGUCAUCAUCAAUAACAAUAUAAAGACGGAGCCGUUCUCAUACUCGACCUUUUCGGGGACUCUGCACUUGGGUGCCGGCCUGGCGGCGGGUUUGGCAGCGUUGGCGGCGGGUCUCUCGAUCGGCGUCGUUGGUGACACCGCCGUGCGGGCGUAUGGUAAGCAGGAUCAGGUAUUCGUGGCGAUGGUGCUGAUGCUGAUUUUCUCCGAGGCUCUUGGCUUAUACGGUCUUAUCAUUGCUCUCCUGAUGAAUAAUCAGGCGAACCGGUACGGUGCGCUCUGCGGGGUGGACUAA